GGGGGUGGUGGUGGGUGGUGUUGGGGGUGGAGGAAGACAUCGAAGGCUUGGCAAUGGCGUGGCCGUGGUGUGAUAGCGAGCGCCGUUCACUUCUCUACCUGUCGCCAAAGUAGUCGUCGUCUUCUUCGUCGUCUUCGUCGUCAAAUUCCCUACACACUGUCAAUCUUAGCGGCUCGCUUGACAGAUUACGAGCGGUUCGACUCCAUAUAGUUCACGCCUGUUUGUAUUCCCCAAGAGAUAGAGAGAGAUCAAAUAUAUAUGGGUCGUUAAUAUUCGUAUACACGCGAGCUUCGGAAUGAGACGCAACACCCAGGCCACCGAUAUAUUUUACGUUCUUUAAAAAUAUAUAUACUUUUAUUUAACGCAUCGACAUCAUCGUCAUCAUCGUCAUCACCAUAGUGUGUAUCGAAUUCGGUUGUAUUAGAUUGCAAACACUGAAGCGUAUUAAUACACCGGCAUACAACGGUGUGGACAAAAAUAUAUUCUACUCCGGCAUACAUACCCACUACAGUAUAUACACACUGUAUAUAUACAGUAUAUAUAGACUAUAUAUAUACAGUCUAUAUAUACUGUAGCACUAGUGAAGGAGGCAGUGAAGACGACCAGAAAUCCAGCGGCAACAGCAGCAGCAUCUCUCUCGAGCCGCCGCGGUUUGCCGACGUAUCUCGAGAGGGCCCAUCCUGGCAUGACAUUCAACAUGUCUCGUGUCAUAUCAACAAAAGACAAGCCGCGGCACAGACAGUCCAAGGAUAGCGUCACUUUGCUGCCAUGUUUCUACUUCGUGGAGCUGCCGCUGGUGGUGUCUGCGGCCGUGUCACUCUACUUCCUGGAGCUCACCGACGUGUUCCAGCCGGUACAGGCCGGGUUCCGCUGCCGCGACCGGUCGCUGAGCAUGCCUUACCUGGACCCGUCCGACGAGCUCCUGCCUUUCCUCAUGCUCCUCAGCUUGGCCUUCGCAGGACCUGCGCUGUCGAUUCUGCUCAUGGAAGGCCUCCUGUACUGCGUGCUGAUCAAGCGGGGCAGUGAGCACUUGCUGGAGCCAAACAUCAACGCCGGUGGUUGCAACUUCAACUCCUUCCUACGUCGAUCCGUGCGCUUCAUCGGCAUGCACGCGUUCGGCCUCUGCGUCACGGCGCUCAUGACGGACGUGGUGCAGCUCGCCACAGGCUACCAGGCGCCGUACUUCCUCACCGUGUGCCGGCCCAACUACACGCUGCUGGCGGCCGGCGGCUGCGAGGAGGGCGCCUUCGUGACGCGCGACGUGUGCACGGGCACCGACCGCCGCUCGAUCUCCCACGCCAGGCGUUCCUUUCCGUGCCAGCACGCCAGCGUGGGCGCCUUCGCUGCCGUCUACAUCUCCAUGUACCUGAACACGGUGCUGACCGACAGCACCAAGCUGCUCAAGGCAGUGCUGGUGCUGGCCUUCAUGCUGUGCGCCGGCAUCUCGGGGUUGGCGCAGACGGUGCAGUACAGGAGCCACCCUGCCGACAUCUACACCGGAUUCCUCCUGGGGGCGGCCGUCGCCCUGUACCUGGGCCGCUUCGUGGUGGACAACUUCAAGCCGAGGAGCGCGAUCGGCGGCCCGGCGGCGGGCCGAGGCGACGGCGGGCCGGCGUCCAAGCCCUUCCUCGACCUGGCCCACGAGCCGCUGGCGCGCGCCGGCGAGGGCCUCCCCGGCGCGCGGCGCGAGCGUGAGCUCGACCUCCCUCGCCAGCAGCCGGAGGGGGCGCUCACGCGGGGCAUCGCGGGAGGUGCCGGCGGUGCCGGCCCGCAGGAGCAGGGCGGCGGUGGCGGCGUCUCGAGCGGCUCCGUGGGCGGCGCGUCGGCGCCGUCGCACUUCAAGCGCGCCAGCCUCGACAUCCAGACCAUUAACCCCGACGCGCUGCCGGGCGGCGCCGAGCUGCUCACCUUCGCCAGCAACACCCUCCCGCGGGCGGGCGUCGGGCCGGCCCCGGAGGACUUCUCCGUCGUGGCCGACGGCGGCGGCGGCGGCGGCGGCGGCCACCGCCACCACCACCACCGGCACCACCUGCCGGCGAUCGUGUCGGUCGGCGGGGGAGGCGGCACCGGCGGCGGCGGCGGCGGCUCGGCGACCGUGUACGCGACGUCGAGCGACGCGGCGAACGCGUCGCUCGACUCGAUGCGCUCGCGGCAGCUGCUGGCGCAGUGGCGCUCGGCGCAGCGCCACUCGUCGCUGCAGAGCGCCGACUCGACCAGCCGCCAGUCGCUGCAACGGCAGCUGAGCGCGGACCGACGCUCCAACGGCGAGCUGGGCUCCGGCGUCUGCAUCAACGUGGGCGACCAACGCUACCCGAUCUCCACGCCGGUGUACGCCGGCAACGCGGGCGCCGGCGUCUCGCAGCAGCAGCAGCAGCAGCAGCAGCCGCAAACGUGCAACGGGGGAAGCGCGGUCAACGGCAGUGCCGGCGGGAACGGCUACGCCGAUCAAGGCAUCGCCGCCGGUGCCGCGCGCGUGGCGGUGCAGUCCCGCCCGGGCUCCAGCCAGCUGGUGCACAUCCCGGAGGAGAUGGCGCACGACGGCCCGGCGGCUCCGCCCCCGCCGGCACCGUCCGUGGCGGCGUCGCCCAAGGCCGCCGGCGGCGGCGGCGGCGCCCGGGUUCGCGUCAACGUCUCCGACGCCUACGGCAGCCUGCGCCAGCACGGCGCGGCGAGGACGUUCCAGCGGCAGCGCGGCGGUGCCACCGCCGACGCGUCGUCCUCCUCGUCCGGCAGCGAGGCGUCCGGCGGCCGCGGGCGCAGCCCCGCCGACGCCGGGCGCGGGCACCCGGUCGUCCGCGUCUCGCCGGGGACGGCGGCGGCCGGCGACGGCGGCGGCGGCGGCGGGGCGCCGCGGAAGUGGGGCGCGCUGGCGAGCGCCGAGCCGCGGCAGAGCUUCGAGAUGAACGACCUGGGCGGCCGUAGGGGGGAGCGCGGGCGCGGGGCCGGCGGCGACGGGGAGCGGCCGCCGUUGGUCACGCCGCUGCAGCGCGCCGCCACCCUCUCCGCCGUGAACCUCAACGGCGCGGCGGGGGGCCAGUGCGACGCGUCGGACGCGUGGGCCGCCGCGGUGGCCGGGAGCGCGAGCCGCGACUCGACGCUGCGCCGCAAGGCGAGCGUGCCCGCCUCCGUGGUGCCGGGCCAGGGCCGCUGCCUCACGCCCGACGGGCUCACGCCACACGAGCUGUUCACGAGCCGGCGCCACCACACGGUGCACGUGAGCAGCCUCAUGGGCUCCACGCAGGCCGACGUGUGAGCUCGGCGGUUGGGGGGGGGGGGGGGGGGUUAAUGGCACCGCAUUGGGGUCCUGCGGCUCUCCGAUCCACGUGCAGAUAGGUUGAGAAUCUUUGAAGAGCUCCAAGCUCGUUGGAGCGGAUCGCUUACAACGAUGCCCACCAGAAACGUCGGACAACUGAAGAACACACUGGAGAGGUGUUAAAUGUAUUCUACAGCCACCGACCGCGACGAAGUGUUAUCGGGCCUGUGAUAAGCGUGUGUGUUAGGUUUGUCCCUGGGGUGGUGCGUAUCUCUCCGUUCAUAUCCCUGCGCAAGCGGUGCAAGUUUCACGUUGCCCUGGCAGAAGUCAAUCUCUCCAUGGCAGCCCUGAGGCCAACAGCAGAAAUUCCACAUUCAUAUGGCUGGAUGGGAAUUUCUUUACAUAGGACUACCACAUACAGCAUAUACAUACGUUAAAACCCCAAAACAUCUCAUGUGGCUUGAGUGAAACUACACUGAGACUCAUUUCAGCUGGGUCUGUCUAUAUCGGUGACCCGGAAAGUAUUUCCAAAUCCAGCACACCACAUCGAGAAUACCGGAAUGUGUUCGGUGAGCAUUUAAAAAAGCCUUGACACUGCUACGCAAGGGGAUGAUUUCGGCCUACCCUGCCGCACGUCGCAAUUAUAACCUGCGACCCGUUGGUUAACUCAGCAGCGUACAAUCGCGAGCUGUUCCACUCCUAAUUUUUCCAGCAUCGCACAUUUAGUUUAACGCAGAGGCAGGCUUUCGCGACCAAUAUUAUCCAUAAUAAUGUUUUUCGAGGAUUUCUCCACAACUCUGGCCGUUGCCUAAUGAGGCUGGUUGUUGUUUAAACAUCAUACUCGAAUUGUGGACGUUGUUGGUUUACUCUCCAACACACCGGUGUGCUGACCUCGUAACGAAUUUGCAUGUCUUGUUCCCGUGACGAACCUUACUAAUUUCCUGUGUCGGGUGACGGCGGGUUUUCGCGACACAUUAAUAUUUAAUGCGAUCUAACCCCCAAAAAAAAAAUUCUGUUAUGGAUCACACAAUUCACUGUCACCCAGCCUGUGUCAAAUCUCACGGCUCGUUCCAGAAGCCAUCGACGAUACCGCCGUCGUCGUCAUCACCAUCGUCAUCAGCCAGGAUCUGAAAUCUCCACCAGUUGCUCAGUGGUGGCUGACGGAGUUGACUUUGAUCUCAGUUGACAAAACGGGAAAGAUCUGGGCCAUCGUCAGCAGCAGGCAUGACCUAUCCACUGCUGGAUGAAGGCCACCCCACAUCUCUUGCCAUCAACUAAUGGUCCCGUGAUGCCAGAAUCCGUAAAUUGCUUCUGCGCAUGAUCUCUGUGCUCCCAUCUCCUCUUCGGUCGCCCUCUUGGGCAUUUUCCCUCCUUUCUUGAGAUACUUUAAUUGAAAACCGUCACCAUAGGCAGCGCUUGGACCUCCAGUGUAUUCGUGUUUUGGAGAGCGUCCGCAUUAAAUAUGUUUAUGAUUACGAAACGUCAACAACAUUUAAAACAACAAUAUUCUUCUCUGUGUCAAUUCACUGGUGGAUGAAAACUUCUCCAAUGAUGGCCAUACCUCACCAAAUUGGGCACUGAGGGGUUGAAGAAAGGGCGGGGGAGGGGGGGGGCAGCGGGCGAUGUGGGGGAAGGUUGAGGCCAAGUCUGGUUUGAAUUAUUGAGCCCUAAAUAUGACCGACUGUCGUGCCAUCAAUGUGAAGUUUCUCAACAACGCCAAGAAGGACACAACACGGACACACGCGCGCACUCACACGCACGCGGCUAUGGAAACCGCAGACGCUGGCAUAUUCAGAGCGCCCUCACUGCAUGGGACUGGCUGGCGGCGGCCGCUCCCUCAGCCUGUGACGCUCGACAAGCCAUCGAGUUUGAGUGGCCAACAGGCGGAAAUGACUCACGCAGGCGAAGCCGCUUGUCGUCCUGCUGCUGCUGUUUCUGCUGCUGCUGGCGUCACACGCGUCGCCGCUCGGCAUCGCCGACGUAAAGUCGCCGUGGCCCACGGAGCUGGACGAAAACUGCGUCGGCUCUGCUCGUUUUACCGCAGCGUGGUCUUUGCGGGUUCCUUCUCCAAAGCUUUCGCUGCUGCUGCUGCUGCGGGCGUUUUGAACUCACGAGACCGCUGUAAUGGGGGGGCGGGGAGGGUUUACUCGUGAAGGUGUCUGCAGUAGUGCAUGGCAAAAGCCAAAAUUGUCAUUUUGCUCUUGAAUUCAUUUUUAAAAAUCCAAUUCAUGGCUGGCCUCUGUCUGAUGAAAUUGACGGCAGGCGCUUAACCCUUGCCCGUUCUGGUGACGUACGUGUACGUCAUUUAAACGGAAUCGGAAGGGAAAACUAUAGUAAAAUAACUAUCGGUACCGAGGUUCCCACAAGGCCAUGCGGGAGGGCGUGUGGCAAAAUCAGGCGCCAGCUAACAUAGAGUGCGGUCGUGUCGCUAUCAGUUAUCUGCGGUGAGUACCAAUGUCUUUAAAAGACAACGGCGCUACGCCUCUCUAAAUCAAAUGAACGCUGACCGUUUGCGCGUUCUGAGGUUUAGCGGUGAACAGGACAACCCACCCUGCAACUUGCAGAUGCCUCGGAAUGGGAAAGCGUCGCAUCCUAUUAAUUUAGUGCCCAUAAUUUUUUGCUAAACUCUUUCAGCCACGUGAAUGGAAAAAAGAAAAAAAUCAGUAAACCACUGCUGUGAUUUCUAUUCCAUGAACACUUGGGGGAAAAAAAUCGAUAGUUUAAAAAUUUUAAAAAAGAUGUGCUAUUCAGCAUAUGACAGCACGUGUCUUGGAAGCCAUUUAAACUGUGUAUUCGUAAUCAGAAAUCCGAUGAGCUAUGAAGCUCUUUUCACAGAUGUUUUGUCUUAACAUUGGCUGAAAGAAUGAGCCGCCCGAGGAAUCUAAGCAAUGAAUCACUAUGUGAGGUUUUUUUUUUAAGAGUGAUAGAGCUACAGGAGAAACCGGAUGCAUAGGUUUGCUGUAGUUUUGAUGUGCAUUUCCCAGUAUCUUACAAAUCGUAUUGCAUUGUAUUCAUGAAGUUUGUAAAUUUGCAUUGUAUUCAUGAAGUUUGUAAAUUCACGAUAACCUGUUCGAGAUUUAGGAUCGAGAUAAAUGUCAAGUGAAAUCUUAUUCCAGUCCAGUUUCCGUCGAUAUUUGCAAGUUUAAAGUGACAAUCCAGUAAGUUGAUUAACAAGGCCUUUUCUUUCUUCAAAGUGCUGUGGUUAAUUUUUUUCCCCCUCCAAUUUUAUCCCGACCAUGCCCAUCGGCGUUGCGUCAUGAGACAAAGUAGCCGUUCGCAUCUUUCGCUGAGCAGUGCGACCCUUCCUAUUCAGAGAACGGCGAUCCACGGAAGCGGAUAUCACAGAGCUACCACUGAAAUCCCUUCAAGUUACCGCUGGGGCCAGCACCUUCCCACCCGCUCUGCAUUCGGGAGUAAUGCUCGUCGCAGCGACGGUCGACCCAACAUUUUCAUUCUCAGGGCAGUAAUUCAGCCAAUUUAUGAGCGGACUCAAAAUUUGAUGCGAUGGUCGCUUUUGUGCAGUCAUUUGUGACCAAUGACCGGUCAGUGUUAUGGCAGAACAUUGCAGAUAUUGUACAGUGUUACUGCUCUGUUGAUUCCACUCCAUUAUAAGUGCUCGGCUCUUGCAUGACAUGAAUGCUCGCUCUUCUUUUGGUAGCUGUUGAAAACUCAAACCAUUGGUCUGUACGAAGCGGUGGUUGGACUUCGUGCAGAGUGUUGACGGGACACUAAGUUGCAAAGGCAUGGCAUUUUGGAUCAUUUAUUUCUUCCUGCAUGGGUGAUCAAAUCAAACCUGUUAUUUAACACGUCGUAUGCAGCUGUCAUCGCCCGAAGAUUAAUGUCGCAUCAUGAGGAUGUGCUUUUUUUUUGUACCUAUGCUGUAAAAUGCAUCGCUCCUAAUUCUGUAGCACGCAUUAUGAAACGUGACAAUUGUACGAAUUUAAUUAAUAUUCAUAUACCAAACCACAUUUUAAGUCACAAGUUUUCUACCCGGCUGUAAAUUUCGAAGAACAUUUUUUUGUAUGGCCUGCACCCAAUAUUCAACGUAGAAUCCCACCAUUGAUUGAUUUUUUUUCUAUUACUAAAGCCUCUAGAAUGUACAUAUAGAAGCACAUUGUAAAUCUGGCGGUUCCGUCCACUGGCUCGCAUUCAAUUAGUCUGUUCGAUACGCUCACCCUUUAAAUGUCACGGUGAUGAAUCAGAGCGACGUAGUUAUACGCCACUAAAAAUAGUGGUCACUUAGCCGAGAUGGACAUUUCUUUCAUCGCAGUUCUGAUAAAGGAAUCGCUUACAUGUACAUAAAUUAUAGCAACGUAUUUUGCAUGUGUAACGCGUACGUGCGUGUUCAAGUAGCUAUAAAACAUGCUAAAAAAAGUGUCGAUAGCAAUGUACUGAGGUUUUGUUUUUAAUUAAUUGGCGUCAUUUAAACCGACAAAAAAAAUCACUGCAAAGCUUGCCUGCGCUUAGCACCGAAGGGGCCGGAUUACGCUCUUCGCUGCCAUACUGCGUGAACAUUGAUGCCCGUCGCGACGGGCUUGCUGUUGGAUUUUUGUUCGUGCGCGACUCCCAUCGGAAGUGCCGCCCGUUUCUUGUAGGCCGGGUACACCGGACGGCGAGCGGUCAGUCCUGUGACAUUUACGCAGGCGGUGUCCUCUGUUUCAGAUAAGUUCAAUAGUGAUGACCAGGAUGACGUUGACAAUGAUGGUGAUGAUAAUGAUGAUGGUGACAGUAAUGAUGGAAAUAACGAUGGUUAUGAUGACUCUGGCCACGAUGACAAUAACGACGACGGUGAUGAUGAUGAUGAUGGCGACGAUGACGAUUUUACACAUUUAACCGAGCACCAGUGGACUUACGAAGGCACCUUCUCUGUCCAUUGACUGAAAUUAGCUGUGGACAAUUUCACGUUCAUUUGAGGCGAUUCAACAACAGUCUCUUGGUGCCUAACAAUAGCUGUGAUGAUGCAGUUUCAAUUUAUAACCGAUUGACAUUGAAGGCUAAGAUGAUUAUGAUCAAGGAAAUGUCAUAACGCUGUUGGGGUGUUUUUUGUUGUAUUGAAGAAAAAAGAUAAGGCCCGUAAUAAGUGAGCGUUUACGUUGUCAUUGCAGUUAAGGAUUGCAAAAGUGCAUUGUACAUUUUUUUGAAUUAGGGCACAGAUUCAUAAAGUGUGUAUGUUGAACUUAUUUCGCACCGUACGUAGCCAACCGUGCGUCUUUUGAAUUGUCACGUGAAUAUUUACGUCCGAGGUCGGUUUUAGCAUUGCACAAGUGCUUUCUCCUCAUAGUUCCUACAGAGUUAUCGAGACAUUUUGUAUCAAGUAUGAGACGUAUAACGGACGUGGCAGAGCGAUGAUUAGGUGCUGUGGAAUCUGCUUGUGGUGCUUAACUGUGUAGUUUACUCCGAAUAAGAAUUACAGUUUACAUUUUAUCACAAUUAUUUCUGCUUUCACUCCUAAACAGCUGUGAUUGUGUAUAGAAAAUGUUUUACCCCUAUAUUCUGAGGGUAUUUAACGGACACUAAUUACAAAUAACCUCAUUCUGUGAAAAAAAUAUAACAGAUACACGGUUGUGGUCUACCGCAUAUUUGUUCGGCAUGAUGACCGGAACAAGAGGUGUUGUUUCUAUGAACCACAUAGUAAACCACCGCAUUCUGAGUUCCUUUCAACAGAGGAUGAGGAAUGGCAAAACUACACGAACACUCUCCUGAAGCCAUCUCAUUGUGGCCAGCAGCAUUGUCAUAUAGCUGCUGAACACAGUGCCCAUACGCAGUGAUAGAAUGGAAUAUAUAUUUUUUAGCAUAAUUGUUAACCGAUAGCUGUUAUAUCUCGGAGCCACGCUUUAUCGAAUAAAAAGGGGCAUCAUCGCGAAUGCUGAAGAGCUUUGGGCUACGUCCACAGACGGAUGCCUUGUUGGGGGCAAAACUAUACAUCUGCAAGCGCUUCACAUGAUCAGCGAGUGAGUGAGCGAGAUGACACGCACAUAGGGUGGUGCUGGUCCCAAACAUACAAGCAUCAGGGGUGGAGCCCUCUUGAUUCAUACUAU